GAGCGCUCAGCGUCAUCUCGCUAGCUAUCUUUAGCUUGCUACAUGCUAACGAACGUGUAUGAUUGAGAGCGAUGAAAAAUGGGUGCGUAAAAUGCCGCUGCCAAAACGGAAAGGACCCCUGCAGCAGGCCCACCGCGAUGUGGACGACAUUAAAGCGAAGUUGGACAGUCUGCUGAAAGAUGUUCAAAGUAAAGUUGAAACCAAUGAAGAGUCCUUUCGGAGAUGUCAAGAGCUCCAAAUAUCAGCAGAGAGGACAUUCAAGAAUCUAACAAAACUGACCAAGGCUGACGAGCUUGCUCCAGUGGGGAACUACGAGCAGAGGAAACUGGAGGAGGAAGGACGACUGCAGAACAUCCUGGAGCAGAUAGACGACCUCUCUCAGAAUCUGUCGCCACCAGGACCCAGCACUGAACCAGCAGGAGGUGACGAAUUAAAUGAUAAAGAUAGCGAGAAAAGCCUGGAGGACAGCGAAGAGGUUGACAGCGAUGAAGAUGUUGAAGACAAAAGCGGCCAGGACGAGAGUCCAGCUCCCAAACCGUCCCCUCCGUCAGAGCCGUGCAUCUACACGGCGCUCAGUGAUUUUAAAGGGGACCAGGAAGGAGAUUUGUCUGUUCAGAAGGGGGAAAAAUUGAAUAUCAUCCGGAAGACGAGUGAUGGUUGGUGGGUGGCCGAGAAUUCGAAAGGUGACAGAGGAGUGGUGCCAAGAACCUACCUGAAGAUUGGUUCUGGUAUCAGCGACGACAACAAGGAGCACGACGACGACGAAGAAGAAGAAGAAGAGGAGGAGGAAGGAGAAGAAGAAGAGGACGGAGAAGGGGAGCCUGAAGAGAAUGAGGGAGUUGAUUCAGAAGAGCUGGACGACGAAGAGAACGAUGUUCCACGGUCCAGCUGGUCCAUGUUCAGAAAAGCCCUGACUGAGAUUGAUGCUACAGAUGUGCUCGCUGCCAUGGGCGCCAUACCUUCUGGGUUCAGAUCAUCCACUCUAAGUAAGCUGCUGGUGGAGGAAGGUGCAAAAUACAGAGGGAGUCGUCAUAUGCUGCCUCAGCUCAGCCAAUCACAGCUGUCUUUCAAAGAUCUCUUCUUGGACCCCGACACCGGCAAGGUCCGCUCGCGACACAUCAAAACGUGCGUUUGUUUCACUCUGUGGAGUUGCAAGCGGAUCCCCACGCCCGGAGUCGGAGUCCAGGUCCUCAGCAGACACAUGCGCCUCUGCGCCUAUGACGGAAACCAGGUGGACUACAUUUUGAGCAUGACUUCUGGUGCGCCGCAGGUGCUGAGCAACAUCCACACAGUGCGGGCCAGCUACAGCCCCAAGCACCCCAAGACCUGGACUUUCUCACCGCGGAAGUCAGGGCUUCUCCAUAGAUUCAUACGAGGCAAACCCCCAAUGUGUUUGUCCCAGACGGCAGGCGUUCUGCCCACCCUGCUUGACGGAGACUGCUUCCUGCGCUGCAACUCGGACAACUCCGACCUCGGCCUCCUCUUCGAACUCGGAGUCACCUUCAUACGUAACUCUACGGGUGAGCGGGGCGACCUGAGCUGUGGAUGGGCUUUCCUCAAACUGAGAGACGCUGCUGGAAAUCCAAUACCUAACAGGACGUAUGAGCUUCUGGUGAACGGUGGUACUCCCUAUGAGAAGGAUGUGAGGGUGGAAGGCUCGCUGGCUAAAGGAUCGCCAUCAAGUGUUUUCCAGCAGAUACUGCAGGCCAGACGCCAGCCCAUACUCAUCGUCAAGUUCAAGUCGCCAAGCAGCCACAUCAAAAGGAAACUCAAUCUUCUCCCAGACACGCUGCUGUACUGUCUGAGCUGCGUUCAACUGUUGGUGAUGCAAAGGCAGCUGCUAGCCGACGCCCUGCUGGUGGACCGGCCCACCAUGCAGAACGCAGAUUUAAUCUGCAGUCCUGUGCUGUCCACUUUCUCCACGCUUGUGGACCAACCUGACCUGCUGGAUGCUGUCAGGAUUGCUUGGAUGGAUACUGAAAGCAAAAUGAGUCGGGCACAGAAGCGAGAUGUGGCCGCUGUGAAGCAGGGGUUCUUCAAAGUCUACAUGGCGUCGGCGUACUUCAUCCUCCACUCGCCCUCUCUGCCGACCCACCGCUGGGCCGAUCCAGCCUCGGAGGAGCAGCGAUCCCGCUUCAUCUUAUCCACGCUGGAAGCUAUCAAGCAAGCCAGCGGCCAGUCGGGGAACCAGGGGGCUUUUGCCGACUCGGCGGCGCAGGAGCAGCUGGCUUUUGAUGUCUCAGAGAUGACCUUCGACCUCCUGCAAGCCACACGUUGGCCCGUGUUGGAGCAGCCUUGACAAAAGUGCUCCAAAGUAAAUUCAUGUUCUCCGAGGCUGCAGGAGGAUGAAACUACUGCAACAUGAGCUCUUUUCUUCACGCUAUCAUAACCAUGCAUGGUAAUUACAUUCUGCCAAGACCCCAACUGUGGCGUCGGACCUCGUAAGUGGACAAAAAACUCCCACGGACUUUGAAAUGUUAUCAUAAGUCUUCACAGAAGAGUCGACCGCAUGUAACAACAUUUUUGUCCACUUAUUUUAAUGUUUGAUAAAAUAUAUUCUGUGUGUAAUAAAAUAUU